GCCAGAAUGAAUACAUUCUUAGAUUACUCAGUGAUGAGCGGCGGCGAUGGGGGUGGCGGGGGUUCGUGCUCUGUCAGUGCAUUCCAUGCAGAUCACGGAACUUUCCAGUCGUGUUCCGUCACGGUAAAUAAUUGCAACGGGAGCGAGCGGUUCUUGACUAGUCGAGCGUCACCGGACUCUGUUUCAAAUCACUCCCAUAAAGCCGGCUCUUACCAAUCCUCUGGUACACUGUCAAUUGCCUAUGGUGCCCAUCCAUCUUACGGGGCUCAAACAUUUUGCACCAGUUAUAAUCACUACACCGUGAACCAGGAUUCUGACUCCACUGUAGGUUUAAGUCAGUGCGGUCCAUUGGUUUACUCUGGAAAUACUGUUGAGCCCCAUCAUCGUCAUCAUCAUUUUCGACAUGGUUACACCGGCAGCUUACCUGGGCAACUUCAGUUUUCAGCUGCUACGUGUGGUCAAGGUCAGGAUCAGGCGACGUUGCUGACUGGUUGCUCAAAUCAUCUAUCUUCUCUGCAUGUGUCACAUCACAACGCGUGCUGUUCCUCUCUAUCAGAUGGUGUAUCAACGGCGCAGACGUUUGACUGGAUGAAAGUUAAACGGAACCCACCAAAAACAGGAAAAGUAGGAGAGUAUGGCUAUGUCGGGCAGCCCAACACUGUUCGGACCAAUUUUACCACCAAACAGCUGACAGAGCUAGAGAAGGAGUUUCACUUCAACAAGUAUUUGACGCGCGCCAGGCGUGUAGAGAUAGCUGCUGCGCUCCAGCUGAAUGAGACUCAGGUGAAGAUUUGGUUUCAGAAUCGUCGCAUGAAACAGAAGAAGCGAGAAAAAGAGGGUCUGCUGCCAAAAACUGAGUCGGUACCAGGAGACGGCCCAGAAAAGGCUGAAGUUUCAUCCGAGCUUUCUUUCUCUGCACCGUCAACGCCAUCUCCUGGUUCCUCUGCGACUGAUCCUUACUCCUCGGGCUAA